AUGCAAGCAACCGAGCGGCUGCUCCAGUGGGCAACGGCCCAAGGCGUCAUCCUCAACGGCGUAGAGGCCAAGCCGCUCCCCGGCCGCGGCAUUGGCAUCGUCGCGACGAGACCACUCAAGGCAAAGGAGGAUGUCCUGAAGGUCCCAUGCACCCUGCUGCGCUCCCUCGCCACCACGCCCAAGCCCGUCGCCCGCAAGCUCAAAGGCGCACCCGUCCAGGCCCUCCUCGCCGCCGCCCUGUGCCUCGACGCAGACGACGACCAUGACGCUGCCUGGCGCGCCGUCUUCCCCUCGCGCGCCCACGUCGAGGCCUCCAUGCCCAUCUACUGGCCGCGCGAGCUGCACGCGCUGCUGCCCCCGACGGCCCGGCGCCUGCGCGACCGCCAGCGCGCAAAGUUCGGCCGCGACUGGGCCCUCGUCGCUGCCGCGUAUCCCGACGCCAUGACCCGCCGCCGUUUUCUCUAUGCCUGGAACCUGGUCAACAGCCGUACCUUCUACCAUGCCACCCCCCAGACGGAGACGACGCUACCGAGAGAGGACCGCAUCGCCCUGCAGCCCGUCGCCGACCUCUUCAACCACGCCCCCGACGGCGGCUGCUCCGUCGCCUUUGACCACGCCGACUACACCUUCACCACCACCCGCCCCCACGGCCCCGGCGACGAGCUCUUCAUCUGCUACGGCCCCCACUCAAACGACUUUCUCCUCGUCGAGUACGGCUUUACCCUCGCCGGCAACCCCUGGGACGAGACCUGCCUCGACCCCUACCUGUGUCCCUUCUUCUCCGCCUCGCAGAGGCAGUGCCUCCAGGACGCCGGCUUCUGGGAGCGCUACAUGCUCGACGCCGAGACGGCCUGCUUCCGCACCCAAAUGGCCCUCCGCAUUCUGUGCCUUGCCCCCGCCCAGUGGCGCGCCGUCCUGGAUGGAACCCGCCCCGAGGACCAGGACCAGGACGCCGCUGACGCUGAGCUGCUCAAGGUCUUGACGAGGUAUGAAAAGGACAUUCGCUCCAAGCUUGUAGAGAUAGACAGGGCCGGCGACGACGCGAGCGGCCAAGCCAAGGCAUGCCUUCGGUCAAGAUGGAUACAGAUCAAACAGCUUGUAGUCACGACAAUCUCGCGAUUGCAAAACUGA